UUUUCUGUAGGGGUAAAACUUUUUUAGGACAGAGUACACCUUUAAGUCUCUUGGCACUGCGAUGAGAGCUCCUGAUAGCAUUUGCACUAUAGGUGUAUAAUGCAUUUCUCAGUCGAGUGUAAAUGAAAGCGCUCGUUUGAGGGACGAAAAGGCACCAUGCAACCCCACACAAUUCAAAGCAUCACCCAUGUGACUGAGUACACGGGUUAUUUCCUGGCCACCGUGGCCAACUUUUGCAAGAGGGUGGAGUUCAAUCAGUCCAGCACAUCAGUGCAGCAGCUUAAGAAUCGCUGUCAUCGUGUUGCUCACAAAUCCCAUCAUGUCCACGGCGUUCAGGUCCUGUUUUGUGCUCAGCGGCUUCAUAUUGGCGUACAUCACUUAUUUGUUGUUGGGAGCUCUGGUUUUCUCUGCCAUCGAGCGGCCCGUCGAAGAAACACUGAAAUCAGACCUGAGCUCCCUGAAGGCAGAGUUCCUCAACCUGAGCUGCAUCAACGCCACGGCUCUUGAAGUCUUCUUGGAAAAAGUUUUAAGAGCGAAUAAAUACGGCGUGUCGGUGCUUGAAAACGCCACACUCCGUACGAACUGGGAUUUGGCGUCUUCUCUGUUCUUCGCGAACACGAUGGUCACGACAGUGGGAUAUGGCCACACUACGCCGCUCUCUGAUGCGGGUAAAGCUUUCUCCAUCGUGUACGCUCUGAUCGGAGUGCCCUUCACCAUGCUAGUGCUCACAGCCUGUGUCCAGCGCCUCAUGCACCCUCUGACCUACGGGCCGAUCUCUGUGUGCCAGCGGAGGGCAGGCCUGCAGCCACGCGCCGCCAGUGUGGUGCACUUCAUCGUACUGCUGUUUCUGGUGGUGCUCGGCUUCUUUGUGUUGCCUGCACUGGUGUUCAGCGCCAUAGAAGAAACCUGGUCCUUCUUAGACGCCUUCUACUUUUGUUUUAUCUCCCUCUGCACUAUAGGACUGGGGGACUUUGUGCCGGCAGAAAAGCCAGGACAGAGACUCAGAGCUUUGUACAAGAUAUCAGUCAUGGUCUACCUGUUUGUGGGUUUGAUGGUCAUGUUCCUGGUCCUUCGUACUUUCCACAAGCUUGCAGAUGUGCACGGCUGGACUGCGUUCUUCCAGCUGCCGAGCUGCGACGAGGAAGAUGAGGAUAAAGAGCCAAUAAUAGAGCGAGAGCCUGAUGAAGAAUCGCCGGAGGCUGAGCAGGCCUCAGUUAAGCCUCUGGAUCCCAGCUCUCAAGUGUCCUACAACUCCAUCAAUAGAUAAAACACCAGUUUGCUCCACAUUCAGAUGAGGUCACUUAUUUUCACAGUGGUCCUGCACUUGUAAUUGUUUGGACAUGUAACACCAACACGUUGCAAUUUAAGGUCAAGACAAUCGACUAUGAACACGUGCAAUACAGUACACCUCGCUGAUGUUUUGUAGGAGCAAAGCAUCUGGGAAGAACAUUUUCAUGAACCAUAUGACAAAUCUGAUCUUUAAGACUAUAGGGAUAUUGACAUUGCUUUAGGAAAUUGAAAACUUGCUCAUUGUGUCCUAAGUGUGAAUCAUCUUUAGUGUUGUUUUGUGUAGGAUUCGUAACUGAUGACUGUUUUCAGAUUGUGACUAUUUUUUUGUCGCAUGGACCAAGACCGUUCUGGACCACAGAAACAGGAAGAGAACGCUGCUGCUUGCCACCCAUCCAAUACUGUUCUGUGUGUGUGUGUGUGUGUGUGUGUGUGUGUGUGUGUGUGUGUGUGUGUGUGUGUGUGUGUGUGAGAAAAGAAUGGAAUCGAAUCACUGUUUUCAUAGCUAGUUAAAUGUGGUUCUUGAUGUCCAGGCAUGUGGAGAACUUCAGAUGCACUUUAUAAUUGGCUUUUUACUUAGGUUUGUGCAGCCAGUGGUUAUGCUGAACACAAUCUUUUUGUCUUUAUUAUAGUACUGUAUGUUCAUUAAAUAUUCUUUGUAUCAUUGCAAUUGUAUUUUCAAUGUUGGAUUGUAAGGAAGAAAAAGGUGCCUGAUAUUUGCUGUCAGAACAACAAAUGGAUUUUUAAGAAAUGCAUGCACAGAAAAAUAAAAUGAAUUUUGAUACUUUA